UGCGACUCAUAUGUACUGGACGGAGUUUGGGAGCCGGGCGAACACGACGACCAUGAGCGUAUGCCUUGUGAAAACCACCGCGGCCGUCCCUUUCAUCUCCGCUUUGGAGCUUCGACCUAUCGCAGGGCAUAACCUCCUUUAUAAUAACUACACAGACUUGGGCUCAUUCACAACCUUCAUGAGGGUGGACGUUGGAGCAUCAGCAGAACUAAGGUAUCCAGACGAUGCAUUAGAUCGCAUUUGGAGACCCGACAAUGGCUCAUACGGGAACCCAAUUAGCACCCAGACCGUGGUAAGAGAAGAGCGCCAGACAUUCUUCCGCUUGCCGUCGGCGGUGAUGCAGACUGCAGCCAACUCAUCCGGCCCCAUAGUCGUCACAUGGCCCGGAGGGUCCGAUGCUCUCUACCUUCCGGUAUUUCACUUCGCCGAGCUGCAGCGGAUAAACGGCCAGAGGAAUCUGACGAUAAAGUACAACGGUGAUACCUGGUCUGACUGGUUCUGUCCCGACUACCUCAACAGCAACUCUGUGUUUUCGAUCGCACCUAUAUAUGCAGCAAACUACUCGUUUACGGUCGAGGCAAAUAGCGCCUCGAACUAUGGCCCCAUUCUGAACGCGUUCGAGGUAUUCAAGGUGGUUCAGCCCAGUGGAUCGGCAACUCAAAGCCAGGAUGUUGACGCCAUCAAUGCCAUCAAGACUUACUAUGGUGUAAAGAGAAAUUGGCAAGCUGAUCCGUGUUUCCCUCGGAUUUCUCCUUGGGAUGGGCUGAAUUGUAGCUACGAGAACUCUUUAGCAGCAAGAAUAGUGUCUUUGGACCUUUCGAGAAGUAGGCUACAGGGUCCAGUUAGCAACUUCUUUUCUCAAUUGACAGCACUGCAGAAAUUGAACCUGUCAACAAACAACCUCGAUGGACCAAUUCCAUCCUUCUUGCAAGAGCUGGCCAAUUUGACCAUUCUCGAUUUGUCAAGCAAUAGUUUGUCCGGAUCAGUUCCCAGCACAUUGCAACAACGAGCGGAUAUUGGGCGCCUCAGAUUAAGCAUCGAUAGCAACCCUCAUAUUUGCAAGCAAGAACCUUGCGACCAAGGUGGAAAGGGUGGGAAAAAGAAAAACAUUAUAAUUGCGGGCGUAGUGGUGGCAACUUUGGUGGCGUUAAUAUCACUGUCCUCAGCGUUCCUUACGAUGAAGAAAAAGAGAAAGCCAAGAGAUGAUGUGCCGAUCUCACAACAUAAAAGAGAAGGAAGAGGCCGCACUUUCUCAUAUGCAGAAAUUUCGCACAUCACCAAUGAUUUUCAGAAAGCUAUAGGCAAAGGAGGAUCUGGUAGUGUUUAUUAUGGAUGUCUAAGAGAUGGCAAGGAAGUUGCAGUCAAGAUAAUGACAAGAUCUCUUCCACAAGGAAUCAAGGAAUAUACUGCUGAGGUCGAGCUCUUAAUGAAAGUUCACCACAGGAACUUGGCAUCUUUUGUUGGUUUCUGUGACGAAGAUGAGAAAUUGAUCCUAGUCUAUGAGUACAUGGACAGAGGAAAUCUUCGGGGGCUACUCUCAGAUGAAACAUGUACACCAGACUGGAAGCAAAGAUUGCAAAUAGCUCUCAAUGUUGCUACAGGCCUAGACUAUCUCCAUUCAGGAUGCAGGCCGCCCGUGGUACACAGGGAUGUCAAGACCACCAACAUCCUAUUAGAUAGUAAUCUAGAAGCAAAAUUGGCAGAUUUUGGCUUAUCGAAAACCGGUAUUAAAGAUGACAUUACACAUAUGACAACUGCAGUCGCAGGGACGCCUGGAUAUAUAGACCCUGAGUACUACAACACAAAUAAACUUACAGAAAAGAGUGAUGUGUACAGCUUUGGGGUAGUCCUGUUUGAGCUCGUCACAGGUAGACAAGCUAUAUUCGCUCUGGGAUCAAGCCGAGUUCACAUCCUUCAAUGGGUGACGCCUAAAAUAGUGAGAGGAGAAAUUGCCAGCAUAAUAGAUCCCAGGCUACAAGAAUCGUAUGACACCAAUUCCAUAUGGAAAGUUGCAGACACGGCACUGUCAUGCACUGCGGAUAAGGCAAUCGCCAGGCCUACCAUGACAGCGGUUGUGAAUGAACUGAUGGAGGCCAUGAACAUCGAAACUCACCGAUUGAAAAGAAGUUCAUCUAUUGGAUCAAUGCCAAGAUCAGUAUCAUUAAGUGGUGGUGCUGAUCUGGACUUGGAUUCUGUAGUUUAUCCUUCAGCACGGUAAUGCAACAUCAGUGCUUCAAAGGAAAUGCGCCUUGUCCAAGGUUUUAUGAAAUUAUAUUUGAGUAAUUGUUUGCCUGGAAGUACCAGGACAGUAAUUUCUGCAUCCAAAAUAAUCUGAUUCACAAUAAUUUGGACUAAUAGGAAGAAGGGACAGUUGCUGCAGGACGAAUCCGUCUCUUUUGCAGCGUAAUCAGGGGCUGUCGUUGAUGUACGUAGUAUUACAAUAAAAUUUAUGAGGUGAUAACUAUUUUCUUAGUAUCUUUAAAACGAUCUACGCGUAAAAUGCUUUACUCAGUACAUGCUUUAUGUAAUUAUAAACACGUUUGCAGG